AUGCUGCUUAUGUUGGUCACUACAAUAUUCGCAAUCGUAUACCUCGCCUACGUGUGCAGCUUUUCCAUUGGAAGGAGGAUAACUGCCUUGCCUUUGAGCCGCAGUCUGGCACAGAGCUCGGGUGGCGAAGACUGUGGCGAGUCAGAUGGCUCACACAGCACAGGCUCACCUGCAGAGACCUCCCCAGAAGGCCAGUCUGCUACGCUCAAGCAGCUGGAUUACGCUGUUGAAGGUCUGAAGGCACAGUCAGGAAAAUCGGAGCCUAAUCCUUCCUCCGACGCAACCACCGCUGCGCCUGGCAAAGCGAUUUCGGGAACAGCGGCUCCGCAGCUGGAGACACAGGGGAGGCGAACAGGUGUUAAGAGGAAGGGAGAAGAACAAUCAACCGUCGAGAGGGGAGCUAAAAAACGUAUACGUGAGACGCCGAUUGUGGAGGCUCCCUUGCAGCCUGUGUCUACCCCUCUCGAUCCUAGACUCGACUCACUCAUUGACUCCGUGUUGUCUGGAGGCAGCACUGCGUUCUCAGAGGCGUUUUGGCUCCUGAAUGAAGCGGAACAGGAAUCCGUUGAGGAUGAUUAUAUUGAGUCGAGGCCCGGGGCAUCGGGAACUGACUCUCGGACGCCUGUUGUGGAGACCCCGCAGCGGCCUCCGCCACCCCCUCUGGACCCUGGUCUCGACUCACUUAUUGAUUCCGUGCUGUCUGAAAGUGCAGAUAUCUUGUCGGGCGACGCUUGGCUUCUUGAUGAGGAGCCACCACACCCCACACCGGAUUCUUCCAUUCUUUCGAUUCCGCCCUGGGUGGUGACUCUGGCCGGCCGUCCACCGGCCAACCCACUGACAAACUAG